AUGCUCUCGGAGAUCAUUGAGACCAGGGACUCAAUGAUCACAAUAACAAUGCGCAAGCAUCUGGCAGAGAAGAUAAGGCCAGUCUUCGCAAUGCUUCACAUGCUAGAAGGUGUUUCAGAUCAAACCUUUAAUCAGAAGCAAGGGGGAGAAGGUGUGUCUGGUGGGUCAAGAAAAGAAGAACCCAAAGCUCCAGUUAAACCUGUUGUCAAGCAAGAACCAAAGGGCAAGGAAAAAUUGUUCAACGAAAAGCCCCUAAUUUAUAAUAGUGAAGACGAAGAGGAGUUGGAUGAAAACGAGCUUAAAAAGCGAAAGGCUCGUGAAGUCGAACUAGAUGAGCACCAACGGAUCAUUCGAGAGGCUAAAGAAAAGGAAAGAGCUGAGAAAGAGGCUCAGGCUACUCUUCAAAGCAAAAAAGCUUUUGUUUCCCAAGUGGACCUUGAAGCGAAUCCAGCGUGA